AUGGCGUUUGUUCCUAAACAAGGCCAGAAGAGAAAUGUCCCGUUGACGGCAGUACCCGAUGAAUUACAGGGCAAACGGAUCAAGACAGGAAGCGAUUUGAGCAGAGACGUCCCGACAACCCUUUUGAAGCUACCAAUCCCCGUCACUCCAAUCCAGCCGCCCCAUACACUGUCACUCCCUCUCACCCAGACGGCGAUUGUUCCCUCCGACGAUCCGGUGGGACUCCCCGCCUCGAUCUGCUCGCCGUACAGCCAAUCCUACCACCGGCCAAAGGGGAAGAUCCCGCUCACGCAGAUGGCACGCUGCGGGCUCCGGAUCGGCCCCAUCGCCUUCGAGGACGCCAAGAUCUUCCUCCCGCCGGGCCUGGGCGCCCAGGACCAGCGCGAGAUCAAGGACCGCUGGCAGAGGGAGCUCAAGCUCCAGGAGGACAACCCGCCGGCCCUUCCCCCCUCGCGGGUGGCCGCACUGCCCGCCAAGGCGACGGCGGGCGAGUACGUCGAGGUGCCCGAGGGCGCGAGCGAGAAGGACAAGGAAAGGAUCAGGCAGUAUAACAACAAGAUCGCCUCGGAGAGCCAGCGGAUCGACAGGGAGAGGAACAACCAAGCGGCCAAGAAGAGCCGCGAGACCCGGCUCGAGGCGCUGCACAACACCCGGCAGAUCCUCAACAAGAAGUCGGCCGAGUGCGCGUGGCUGCGGCUCAAGCUCAUCUCGAUGGGCGGCGACCCGACCGAGUGGGAGGCCAUGGACGAGUUCAUGAGGACGCGCAUGGUCGAGAAGGUCGCGGAGCGCGUCACGGCGAGCGACCAGCGGCUCGCCGAGGAGAAGAAGAAGGAGGAGCAGAGGAGGAGGGCGGAGAGGACCAAGGCGAGGCUCGAGGCGAAGGAGAACGCCGCCAACGCGAAGGCGUGGAUACCGCAGCUGGCGGCGCCGCAGGCGAAUACCCCCUGGGGCUGA